AAAAUAAUAAUAUUGAAAAAAAAAGUAGAGCUCUAGGAAGGAAUAAGCGAAAUCAUUUUAUCCUUGAAUCAUUUUUUUUGUAAUAUACUUUUCGCUUAAUAAUUAAUUUUAUAAACUUUUAAUAAUAUAAAAGAUAUAAAUAUUAUAUUUUUAAUAAAUAACAUAUAAUGGCACGACCGAUUGCUUAUUUAACUAGAAAAGAAACGAUCUCCAGCUGUCACCGUUUGCAUAGCGAUAAUUUAUCAGAAGAAGAAAACAAAAACGUGUAUGGAAAAUGUAAUAAUUAUUGGGGACAUGGUCACAAUUAUACAGUUGAAGUCACUGUGCGUGGACCAGUGGAUUCUGUAACUGGUAUGGUAAUGAAUUUAUCAGAUUUAAAAUCAUAUAUGAAAACAAUCCUGAUGGAACAGUUGGAUCAUAAAAACUUGGACAAGGAUGUACUUUAUUUCAAGGAUGUUGUUUCAACUACUGAAAAUGUAGCCAUUUAUAUAUUUAAUGAAUUAAAAAAUUUGAUGCCUAAUCCAAAACUAUUAUACGAGAGAAAUAAGCAAAAAGCACAGCUGCCGAGUAACUUGCAAUGAAAAUAAACAAAUGCCAAAGCGCAUGCAAAUAAGGGAAGUUCAAGUUUAACCAUGUAUCACAAAAUAGACGAUCAUUUAACCAGCAAGUGACCGCUAAUAACCAAACAGCACCGCAUCUUAAACCCAAUCUAUAAACUCUCUGGUUCUUGGUCCUUAAAAAUGGGUAUAACACAUUGUAACUUGGUACUAAUUUAUACUUACAUUAUAAACAUUCAUUAUUUACCUUUUUAAUUCAAUUAUCAUAAAUCCAAAUGCUGGUAUGCCAAGAGUCAUUAAUGCAAAUGCAUUUAUCGCGGGAUGUAUAAAUGAUAAACCACUUGCAAUAAGGGUAGGUAGCAUUGCACAUAUAGAAAGAAGUUUUCUGUCAUUGUGUAAAAUAUUUGGAAAAUAUCUUCUUGGGAAAAACAUACAAAAACCUGCCAUAUACACCCAUAAAAUAGCUAAUUCAUCUAACAAUUGCC